AUGCCACCUGAACACAUGCUAGGCUACGACGGAGCGGCUAUCGAUGCAUACUACUCUGCCUCGUUGACCUACACCCGCCAACCGCUCAACUACCACCUCUACACCCUUCCCCGCCCUGAGGCUCUCGCACACAAAUACUUCGUCUCGGACGACAUCCGAGAAGAGCUGCAGAAGCGAUCAGAAACAAUCCACACUACGGCCCCUCCUGGUCUCGGGCUACCAGAGGAAAUGCAAGGUUACCAUACCUUGGUUCCUUUAGAACCCAUCGGCGCCGACCGUCGCAAGUUUGGCAACUGGUACUCAAUGGUAUAUCGUGCAACAAGUUCUACUGAUGGGUCUACGUACAUCCUGCGCCGUGUCGAGAACUUCCGUCUCAUGAAUCAGUCUGCGUUCGGCGCCAUCGAGACGUGGUCGCGCCUCAGGCACCCUAACAUUGUCUCCGUCCACGAAGCCUUCACAACCCGCGCAUUCAACGACAACUCGCUCGUGGUCGUUUACGACGAUCAUCCGAACGCGCAGACGCUGUACGAGGCACACAUCAAGCCCAAGGCGCCGCAGUUCCAGAACGGCCGGCUGCAAGCACAGUCCAACCGAAUCUCGGAGCGCACCAUCUGGUCAUACGUCAUCCAGAUUGCGAACGCGAUAAAGGCCGUCCACGACGCUGGUCUCGCGGUGCGUCUCAUCGACCCCACUAAGAUCCUCAUCACCGGGAAGAACAGGCAUGCUCUCAAUCACCUAUCUCCUGAACGGACCCGGGUCCGGAUCGGGUCGUGCGGGAUCGUCGACGUGCUCUUGCACGACCUUCACUCGGACAUCUCGUUCAUGCAGCAGGACGACUUGACGAUGUUCGGCGCGCUCGUCUUCAUGCUGUGUUGCAGCAACCUAGCCGCGAUGAACAACCUCCAGAAGGCGAUCGACCACCUCGGCCGGUACUACUCCGCGGACCUCAAGAGCGUUGCGCUGUUCCUCAUCUCGAAAGGUGGUCCGCACAAGAACAUCGGACAGCUAUUCGAUAUGAUUGGCAGUCGUCUACUCACCGAGCUCGACGAAGCUCAGAACGGCGUCGACCGCCUCGAGAACGAGCUCAUGAGCGAGCUCGAGAACGGCCGUCUCGUCCGCCUGCUCUGCAAGUUCGGAUUCAUCAAUGAGCGUCCUGAGCACAACCAUGAGACCCGAUGGUCUGAGACAGGCGACCGGUACAUCGUCAAGCUCUUCCGAGACUAUGUCUUCCACCAGGUCGACGAACUCGGUCGGCCGGUCGUGAACCUUACGCACGUCCUCACGUGUCUCAACAAGCUGGACGCAGGUACGGACGAGCGCAUCAUGCUCGUCUCGCGCGACGAGCAAAGCUGUCUCGUCGUCAGCUACCGGGAGGUCAAGGCGUGCAUCGAGUCGGCUUUCAGGUUCGCGAGCCUAUCUUCGGCGUGUUUGGUUACUAUGACUGACCGAAUGCAUUUGCAGCGAGUUGUCGAGGGGCUGACGUUGGGUCAACGAUGA